AUGGUCCACGCGGAGGGUUGCGAUACGUACGCGGCGUUCGUGCGGAUGAAGGAGUUGUCUGAGUCAUCGUCAGUGCGGGUGACCUCGAAGCAGGAGGCUUCGCUCAAAGAGGUCGACACCGUGAAGCGUCGCAAUCGCGUCGAAUACGUACGGGGAUCAUUUUCCGAUGACGGGGCUGUGAGUUUUGCAACGCGUCUUUUAUUCAAGGCUCAGACGCAGAUGCGUGGAGCUCUGCUUGAUGAAAGGCGUAAUGGUGGCCAGUUAGAUGACAAGCGUAUCAACAGAAUCAUCAAAGCGAAUCUGGAGGGCAUCGUUGUCCGAUGA